AUGUUGAAGGUGCCAGCUAGCGAAAGGGACCAAAUACACGAGGCGGGAGAUGCGGAUCAAAUAUCAAGGUGGGAGCAACAGCCAGGGCCACGGCGCACAGAAGAAGGCUGUGUGGGCCGAAGCGCAAGAAAACGGGCGGCAAAAUCAAGCAGAGUGGAUUGCGCAGAGGAGCGAUGUCGAGGGUGGUGCUGGGUGCUGGGUGCUGGGGAGCGGUGUUUCUCAGGUAUUCCGCACGUGAUCGCCAUCGAGAAAAAAAGUUCAACCCAAAAGUUUGCGGAGGAACGAGAGAGCUCGAGUCCAGCGAGUGAACAGCCCAGACAUCAGCCUUUCUGCUCCCAGCAGCCACUCGACUCGCCGGCACUUCCCACCUUCGCCUGGGGCUGGACGGCUCCUCCAACCUCCAACUUCGCUCUCCCAUAUUCCGCUAUGUCGACGAAACGGAAACUCCCUCAAAAGCUUGGCCUGCCCGCGGUCAAGCAGAGCGCAAAGGUCUUGGGCAAAGGGAAUCUUGAUGAGUCUAGAACCGUGGUAUCAGGCGGUGGGAAUGCGACCAAGUCGGCCAUGAAUGGAGUGAUCGAUAUUUCCAGCGAUUCGAGUAGUGAAGCCGAGGGGGCAGAGGAAGAUUCAGAUCAGGAGAGCACGGAGGCAGAGUCUGCAGCCGAGGCGGAUGUGGCUAUGGAAAAUGCAGGAUCACCAGCAGAUGCGCCAUUAUCAGACGAUGCCGAAGAGUCAGGCGAACCAUCCUUUGGUGACCUUGUGCGGGCAAAUGCAUCAGAGCCCAUAGAUGUGGCUGGCGCGUUCGAAGACCCCUCAUUACGCACAGUGUCUUACCCCAGAGGCACGCAAAUACAGCCUCCUUCCGGCGCAUCCCUCGGAACUGUCCUUACACAAGCUCUCAAGACCAACGACGUCUCCCUUCUCGAAUCCUGCCUCCACACCCCCGAUGUCAACACGAUCCGAGCCACAAUACAGCGCCUCGAGUCUCCCCUCGCAGGAACCCUAUUACAAAAGCUUGCCGAUCGAUUACAUAGACGGCCUGGCAGAGCGGGAAGUUUGAUGGUGUGGGUGCAAUGGACUCUAGUCAGUCAUGGAGGAUAUUUAGCAACACAACCCGACUUGAUCAAGAAGCUGGCGGAGUUGAACAAAGUUAUCGAUGAGAGGGCCAAGGGUUUGCAAAGUCUGUUAUCUCUGAAAGGAAAGCUGGAUAUGUUGGAAGCACAAAUCGAGUUACGGAGGAGCAUGCAGAUCCAGCGCAGACGGUUAGAUGAGGGGGAAGAAGAUGAUGGGGUAAUCUACGUUGAGGGCCAGGAGAGUGAAGAGGAUGAGGCGGCUGCUAAGCCGCAACGACUCGCCCCGAAUGGAGAUUUGGAGGACAUAUCGGAUGAUGCGAGUGAGGUGUCCGAAGACAUGCCUAUGGUGAACGGCAUCAUAGCAGAUUCGGACGAGGAGGAGGACAGCAGCGACGACGACGAUCUAAUAGACGACGAGGCUGAAGAGACCGAUGCCGAUUCUGGCGACGAAGAUGAGGUAGAUCAUGAUGAUCAGGAUUCUCAGGGAGAGGACGAGAGUGAUGAUGGAGUUCCUCCAGCGAAGUUACCUCGAACCGGCAGCCUAUUCUCGAAGAAAAGAUAA